GACGUCGUGAGAACCCCCCUCAAAACGAUGACGUUUUAGAGUAUGGAAUCACCCAAAAGCAGAACAAAGAGAGAAAAGGGGAGAUUUUGAACAUUGGGUAGAAUCAGAGAGAACGGUUUCUCUAAAUCAACAAUGGAUGAGGAAAGAGAAGGAGAGGUAGAGAAGAAGGAAGAAGGAGAAGUGAAGGAAGGAGUAGCUUCAAUAGCUUUAUUGCCAUGUGGUUCCAUCUCUGGCCAUUUCAUUCACAUGCCUCUCUCCAUCUGCUAUGGCCUCCAUGGCACUGAAUUGGCUUGUGAGACUGAGUGCAGCCGUGGUGAGGAUUAUCGGUUGAUGAAGCUCACCAUCAUAGACUACAAUAGAAAGAAGGAACAAACAGUUGUAGUAGAAUGCAAAGGCCACGAUGCUGCUCGAAUCAAUGAUGUUGAGCAUGCUCAUGGUUGGGAGGAAGAUGUGAUUGGGUUAGUGGAAGAAAAGCAUGGGAAGAAGAAAGUAUCUGUUUCGUUCGAGUGUGAGACAUUGAAGGCUGAUCAAGCAGCAGAGGACCAUAUCCGACAGUUUAUGCCCAAACUAGCUGGACUUGAUGCUGUUAUUAACAUUGGACCAAUGAAGAUCACUGGACUUGAUUUUGCUGCUGUGAAAGAGGAACCAUAAUGCAACUUUAACUCUUUCCUUUAUGUUUCAUAUUGUAGAACACAAUCAGAUUUUGUUAGUGCAAUGCAAUCAAGGAUCUAACUUUAUGAAAAAUAACUUACUACAUGCUCUUUCAACGCU